GCGAAUUCGGGCGGAAAAUAAGAAUCAAAAAGGAAAAAAAGGAUACCUUGAAUUUAGAUGAUUGUAAUAAAGCUAGAAAUUGGUUUUCUUCUCAUCUGACCAGUGCACAAUUAGACACAAAGAAAUGAGAGUGUUAAAUUAGUUUUACGUUGUUUAUUACCUGAACCAAACUGGUUAUCCUACCGUAUCUGCACAAGUGUGCUCUAUUUUGAGAGCUAUCAAAUUUCUGGACCAAGAAACAACAAGACUAUUGCAUCGACGUUUUAUUUUAAAGGAAGAUUGGGACUGAAUCUGAAAUCUGAAUGGCUAACCUGAAGAUGGCUCCAUAUCCCCAUAUUGACAACUUACCUUCAUAUGAACGAAACAUAAACUCAACACUGCCAGCGCAGCACUCAUCAAAAACACAGUCCAGGUUGGAACUGUUGAAAAGCAAUUUUCAGCAAAAACAGCUUCAGGAGAAGGAAAGAAAAAUGAUUGCUCUGUAUGACCAACAGCAACAGGCAGCUCUCUCCAGAGUAAGAAGUACAUUCAGUCAUCAGACUCCACCAUCUGAAUAUAAAGUUAGGAGCAACAAGCAUGGAGGCAUUCAGCAAAGGGGAUACAAUUCUGCAGGGACUCAAAUCAGACAUAAUUAUGAUGACCAUUUUGAACACAAAGCAGCAUCCCUUUCAGCUUCCAAGAAAACAUCUGGGGUAGACAGGGCACACCCGCUUAAACCUGUUUACUACAGAAAAUCUGCUAGCUUGAAUAAUGUAUUUGUUCCACAAGGUAAAGAAAAGAGGGAGACUACCAGAUUCCCUUCUGUGCCGUCUGCCCCCCCAGAUACAAGAUACAAUGCAAAAGUGAUGAGAAAGACCUCUGAAGGCCAAAACCCAGAAGAUAUGGUGCACUAUGCAGAUCCAUACAGCAAUUCCAGAGGUGGUUCUUCUAAGUCUGAGUCAAUAAGGGCCCAGCAACAGCAAGCAGAAGAAGCCGAACAGAACCUCGAAGAAGAGAUCCAUAGGAAAGAGGCUCUCCUUCGAGAGAAGCUGAGAAGGACAGAGGAGGAAUUAAGGAGGAUCCAGAGGGAAAGGGAGCUAAUUGAAGAGGAGGAAAAGAAAGAAAAAGAAGAGAGGACACAAAGAAAAAGAAGCCAGCUGCGUCACUAUGAAUAUCUAUUAGAAGAGUCAGAUGGUGAGUGGAAGCACGAAUACCAAGGCACAUACAGAGCCCAUAGACGAACAGGUCAACCUAAGGAAGCAAAUGACAGGAGGCAAAUACAAGAUCAGCUAUGGGUAGUGGAGACAAAUGAAAGAAGGAUUGCCAAAAGCAGUAAACCUUAUAGCAAUCAAAUGGCAAACACUGGCAAAGCAGACAGAAUGAAUCCAAAUUCUUAUGAUGACCUGCAUACUCACCAAAAAUACAUGAGUGUUCAAAAUGUACAAAGUCCACAAUCUGGCUUCAUCAGAAGUGCAAUGAGCAGUAACCAAGAUAUAGGAGACAUGGAUGACUAUAUAAGCACUGGCAGCCAGAAAGAAUUUGGGAGCCCCAAAAAUACACAACACAGCUUUCAGGAUGCCUUGCAAGAUGCAGACUCCCAGCUGGUGGCCUGUCAUUUAUGCAAACGAAAAUUUGCUGUGGAGAGACUAGAAAAGCACAGUCAAGUUUGUAUGAAGACACAGAAUUCUAAAAGGAAGACCUUUGAUUCUUCCAAACACAGAGCUCAAGGAACAGACCUGGAACAGUUCAACAAAAACAGACGUACAAUUAGCACACCCCCAAAGCCAAAAAACAACUGGAGACAGAAGCAUGAAUCAUUCAUUCGUAAUCUCCAACAGUCUAGAGAGGUGCAGAAAAUUGUCCAAAAGGGUGGAAAAUUAUCUGACCUGCCUCCUCUUCCUCCAGAUGACAACCCAGACUACAUUCUUUGCCCACACUGCAGCCGGAAGUUUGCUCCUAGAGUGGCCGAGAGGCAUAUUCCAAAAUGCGAGAAUAUCAAGAGCCGUCCACCUCCUCCACCCAGGAAAAACACAAUGAAAAGAUAUUAAUUUAAAGGCUAUGAAGGAUUUCAGAAUCAAAGUUUUCUGCCCUUUCAAAAUAGACUGAAACUCUUAAUUUGUUAUCUUCUAGACUUAUACUGCACAUGCAAAGUAAUGUCUUAACACACCUGAUAUCAUAUGCAAAUGGACAUCUGCAUAUGCCUGGCGAUACCUCUGAUCUGUACCUUCUCACUUAUGUAUCUAUCUAGACAUUCCUUCUUAGUUUUUCAUCAGUGUUCACAAUGGUAUUCCUUGGAUUAGAGUGAUUGGAUUUUCUUUGUAAAAUGCAUACUAGGGCAUUAAAAUUACACUUCACCAGAUUCACAUUGUCUGGUGUGGAUGGUGGUAGCAACAUGCUAAACUGGACUGACCAAGCCACCCUAUCCUCAGUAAUCUCCUAUUUCCUAUAUUCUCAGGCUUUUUGUACUUUACUAAAUCUACAAUACUCGCAUUUUUACAGUGAGUAAGGUUGAACAAUACUGCUGCAUUUCAUAAAAAUGAUUUACUAAACCCUACAGAAUACAAUUCUUUAGAGUUUAGGUCAGUGCAAAAUUGCAAGUUAAAUAAUGCUUCUUUUCCUAAGAAGUUUAAAAUAAUGACUGAAUGUACUGAUAAUAUAACAUUUUUUGUUGUUGUGGUAAA